AGCAACAGAAUGUAAGAUUAAUGGGGGAAUAUACGGAAACUUUUUUAUAAACGUUUUAAAAUGAAGUUUAACAAUAAAAGCUAAAAAAAACUUAAAUUGAAUUGAAAUGGGGAAGGUGUGAAAAUGUUGCAGUGUUAUCAAUUGGAAAUGCGACAAUCCGCUUUUUUCUUUGCUUUUGAAAUAUUUCAGAGUUUAAUUUUAUCAAAGUUUAGGGCGUAUCAAAAUGUAUCAAAAUGCAUAACUGGAUACUUUUCUCUUUCCGACACAAAAAAUGUACCUUUUGAGUGGUUGCAAUUCCAUUUGAUCCAUACUUAAAAUGAGCUUGAAAAUAUAAUGUUCAAAUUGUAGCCAAAGGGUUUUAAAAUAGUCAGUUGGCUGCUGCGUUACUCAAGUGGAAAAGAAAUCCGGAAAUGUAAAUUUAAUCGAUGUUAAUAGCUUUUAGAUAUUUUGAACGAAAAGCGAGAAAAGGUGAAUGUAUUGGAAAAGCCAACACACGCUUUCUCAUAAUUUACAUAUGGUAAUUGUAUGAAUCAGUUUCAUUUUGAUAGUUUACUGUAAAUUUCAAAGGCUUCUAGAAUUUUUUAUGAAUUCAUAGGAAAAUUUCCUGAAAUUUGCAAACCGGUUUGAAAAAGUACUUCAUUUUUCAAUUUUAGAAAGAAUGCAACUGAAUAGCUACAAAUAACUAACCGUAUUUCCUUUUGCACCCGGUUAUUUUAUUUUUUAUCAAAUUUUCAACUGAAAAACUAUAGAAAAAAUAAAUAGUCAGAAUUUUGUUAGUUGCCAACAUUCGGAAAAAUCUAAUGACAACUAUCUUAUGUGCUGCCAAAAUUUAACAAUCAGGUGCCAGACAUUAGAGGAAAUACGGUAUUAAUAAGUAUUAAACUUUUAAAAAAAUGAAAGUGUGAACGAGUUUUAAAUUUUUUGAUAACAAAUCAGGCAAGAGCUGGCAGUUGGGCAGAAGAUCUUCAGGAGAGCUUCCACGUUUGAUUUUAAAAUUGUAUAUUCUAGAAAAAAAUCUAGUAUUUCUUGCUGUAACAUUGAUUGAAAAAUGAUUUCAGCCAGACUGCAAAAGUCAUUAAAUCCUCCAAUUCUUAAAAUUUGAAACCUUUCAGAGCACCUUUUUUAACAAAUUUUUUAUUUCCCAUAUAUGUAUUUCAAACCAUUUUUUCCAAACAUAAACAAUUUAUUUGAAUAUAUUGUUCAAUUUUUUCCUGCGUCUCUCCAGCAAUGUCCAUUUCAAAAUGCAACUGCGAGCCCGGGAGCUUAUGAAAAUGAGUAUUGUAUCAUUUGCGGGCAACAUAAAAUAUGCGAAAUUUGGAUGAUGGGGCGGUGAGCGUAUUGAAUUCAAAUCAACAACUACUUCUAUAUUUUUGUUCGGAAAAACGGAGUCAGUCAGUUAAACAGUCAUGCAGACAAUACUGAUUCAACUGAUUGUACUUUUUACGUUAUUUCAUGAGGUGAAUACACUGGUCACUUGUUCAAGAUGUGAAUUUGGAAAUGAAGAAUGCAACUUUUCUCGAAGUACAUGUCGGGGAGAUUUCUGUUAUCAUGCUCAAUAUUUUUAUGGAAAUGAAAUGAUGCCAACGAUACAAAAAGGAUGUGUUAUAGGGGAAGUUGCUCCAGAAGGAUGUAGAGUCAAUCAUCAUGGAAAUGUUAUGUGUUUCUGUUCAGACGCUGACUACUGUAAUGCCAACUACACAUCACUUGCUGACACUGCUACAACAAUUCUUCCCGUUCAGACUUGUCAACCAGAAAAAGUGAACAACAUGCCAAAACCCAGAUGGACAAAGCCGUGUGCUGCAAACUAUUGUACUUUUAUUGAGGCAAAGACUCAAACUGAAGUGAACAGUGCCAAUUACACUUGGUCCACCAAAGACUGCAAUAAGGAGAAUGAAUUUGACUUUUUCCCAACUCUAACAGUUUUCAAUUUUUAUCCUGGAACAUGCGUAUGGCUCAACUAUGGAGGUCAACCGGACACACAUGCAUGUUAUGGUUCUGAUUCUCUCGACACAACAUUAGUCUUUGACGUGACAACUGCUACAACCGAAUGCCACGUGGAUUAUUUUAAUCCACGUCUUCCAUAUGUUAAGUCCGGAAGUUCUUGUAUUGGACAGUUCUGUUUCAUAAGUGCGACUUCCCGUGGAGAAGUGUUCAGAGGUUGUGUUAACAGUGUGACUGUCGAGGGUGCCACUCCGUUGAAGAUUGGCUACACCCGUGCAUACACUGGCUUAGAGCAAUGGAUUUGUGAUCAAUCUUACUGUAAUGCUGAUCUCAAAUCAGCUGAACUCUCUUGGCCACCUGAGCUAUAUUUAUACAGAAAUAUAUCAAAUCUCCGAGAGUUCAAUGUUUUCUACAUCGACUCCGCUCGCUCGUCAUCCUCGAUUUUUCUUGCCAUUCCCAUCGUUUUUCUAAUUAAUUAUUGCCUUUUCCACUGAACCACCUUUUUCUUUCAUUUUUACAAAUGCUUUCAAUAUUUUCAUAUGAACAAAUUUAUAUUUCUUCAAAUUACUUCAUUUUCAAACAAUAAAAGCACCGGAGAUUCUAUGUUCUCUUUCUCAAUAUUAUUUAUUCUUCAUCGACUUUUCUUUGAACCCAUACGAUUUUUUUCUGCUCGUCUUCAAUUAUUUUUUUCAGCUGAAAAAUAAUAAAAAGUUAAGUGCGGCACGAAUUGAAAGAAUAAUUACCUGUAGAACAGCGUGAGUCAUCAUGAAGCUGACAUUAU